UAGUCAUAAAAGUGUUAAUUAAGAAAUUUAAUCUCCUAAAAAUGUCCCCGUCAGUCCCGUUAUGUGUCCCGCAGGUAGCGGAUUAACCCUACCACGCGAACACUUCGCUGCCCCGCCCACUGCCGGGACCAACUAUCGGGACACUCGACAAUCGCUGUUUAUACAUAACGGCUGCACCAUGGCCCUUUGGACUCCGUACGCGGAAGAAGCGUUGGACUUAACGAAAAACAAACAGGAAUCCCCAGAACGAGAUCGGUGUUUUAGACCCACAGUGCCAGACUUAAGAUACUCAAGAGUAUCUCCCGAAUUGGAAGAAAAUAGAUACUACAACUACGCGUACGAAUACACCGUUCCGUCAUCGCAAGUAUCUCCCGACGAGAGUUUGUUCUACAGAAAGGUACCAUCACCACCUCGUUCCUUUGAUUCACUCGACGUUGACACCUUAUCUGACGAUGUGGAGUAUCAAGCAUUUGAAAGAGAUGCCUUGAGGGCUAUGGCUGAGAAAAACGGAGGCGCAUUGCUUGGAAAUAACCCUAGAAUGAGACGAGCCGUCCAAACCAGUCAAGCGGCCGACGACUCCUAUAGAAAACAGCGGGAAAGGAACAAUCAUGCAGCAAAACAGAGCAGAGAUAGAAGAAAAUUAAGAGAAGUUAGAUUGGCUUUUCAAGUGACAUUUCUGAAAAAGAAAAUCGCGGACUUAAGGACCCGGAUCGAUGAAAAAGUGUGCGUCAGAUGUCAGCAGCAGUGUCGCUGUUAA